AUGUCGUCGAUUGUUUUUGCGCUUCCCACAGUUGACUUUGGUCUUUAUUUUGAAAACAAUACUUCACCUGAAGCCAUUCGCGAAUGCGAAAAGGCUGCGGAUGGAUUACGAGACUAUGGAGCGAUUCUGGUUAAAGACCCACGAGUGACAAAAGAAGACAAUGAUCGAUUCUUGGACAUGAUGGAGGAUUACUAUGCACAAUCCCACGAGGUUAAAAUGAGAGAUGCACGCCCCGACGUUGGAUAUCAAGUUGGAGUUACUCCUGAAUUCACCGAGGAAGCCCGCUGCAUUCGUGAUCCCAAAUGUCAUCAAAUCAUUGACGAGAUGACAGAAGAAAAUCGACCUGUACGACCGACAGGUCCAGAUCCAAAGUGGCGAUUCAUGUGGCCUAUCGAAAAACUUUCGGUAGAAACAAAAUAUGCGCGGCUCCAUGCUACACCUGUUAUACCGGAAGCGUUCAAAGAUACUUGGACAGACGUCAUGGACAAAUGGGGCGGUCAGAUGCAUCGAGCGGCAAUAACUGUCUUGGAAAUGUUUGCUAUCGGGUUCGGAAUGGCUCCCAAUACAAUCCGUGAUAUGGCAGUUGGCGGUGCUCAUCUACUUGCACCAACUGGCAGUGACUUGGAAAAACAUGGAAAGAUAGGAUCUAUUCUGGCCGCAUUCCAUUACGAUCUUAACUUGAUAUCCGUCCACGGAAAAUCGAGAUAUCCUGGCUUAUACAUUUGGCCACGCAAUGAGAACGACAGAAUCCUCGUUCAAGUCCCAGACGGUUACUUACUCGUGCAGGCAGGCAAGCAACUCGAAUGGCUGACUGGUGGAGAAAUCUUGGCUGGCUAUCAUGAAGUGGUUGUAACUAAGGAAACUUUGAAGGCUGUUGAAACGGCUAGGGUUACGCGUCCUGAUAGACCGCUGUGGCGUAUCUCUUCGACGUUUUUCUUUCAUCUAUCGACUGAAGCAACGCUACAACCCCUUGAACCCUUCCCAAAAGAUGACAAUCGCUAUCCGCCUAUUUGCGUCGGUGAAUACGUGAGCAACGAGCUGAGCCAUAUCAAGUUAAUCAAGGAUGAGCCUAUUGGUUACGCGAACUAA